ACAUGGAAAACCUAACUAUGUUAUACUGCACGCAAGAUAAUAGGCUAAAUAUUAGAAUAAAAGGAGCGUUUCUUACCGUUUCCUUAUAUAACAAUGUCGGUGGCAUUUUCAUCGGCGCGCCCAAGGAGCAAAGGGGAGGUGACACAGCAAACGAUACAAAAGAUGCUGGAUGAAAAUCACCAUCUGAUACAAUGCAUAAUGGAUUACCAGAGCAAAGGAAAAACAGCAGAAUGCACACAGUAUCAGCAGAUCCUUCACAGAAACCUAGUCUAUCUGGCCACGAUAGCAGAUUCUAAUCAGAACAUGCAGUCAUUGUUACCUGCACCUCCUACCCCUAACAUGGGGAGUAUAGGUGCUGGAGGAAUGGGACCGAGCGGAGGCAACGGGCCCCUACACUCCCAGAGUAACCUCAACGACACCAUGACCCCUGGCCUGCCCCCUACCUCUAUGUUGCAGAGUCAGAUGAGCAAUGGCCCCGGCCACGCUCCCAUGCAGCAGCAGGCGGGUCAGACACAGUCGGCUGGGCCCUCAUCCACGUCCCUCAGCCUGCCAGCCAGCACCCACGGCUCAGCCUCCGGCUACAGCCACCCCGUGCCCCCCUCCUCCCAGGGCAGCAUGAUCCAGGGCCUUGGCCCAGGCUACGGUUCUUCCUCUUCCUCUUCUACCUCCUCCCGCAGCAAUCUCAACAUGCAGUCUAACACAGUCUCCAUCAUGCACCAGCAGUCGGCAACACCUCAUUACCCCUCAACCCAGACUGGUGGUGGACAGCAGCAGUACCAGGGUCAGCAGGCUGCUAUGGGCAUGUUGGGGCAGAGUGGACAAGGCAACAACAUGAUGAGCCAGAGGCCCAUGGGGACCUACCGACCCACACAGCAAGGAUCUGCACCGCAGUACAUGGGACAAGACGAUUUCUACGGAGAGCAGUACGGACACACUCAGAGCUCCAGCGAGCCCAUAAACCAGCAGUAUUACUCUGAUGGUCAUGGGGAGUACUCCUACCAACAAUCAUCCUACGGUGAACAGGGCUAUGAGAGGUCCUUUGAUGAGUCCUCACAGCACUACUACGAAGGAGGCAACUCCCAGUACAGUCAGCAGCAGGCCCAGUACCAGCAGGGGUCAGGCCAGCAGCAGCCCUUCAGCCAACAACAGUACCCCUCACAGCAGGGCUACAGUGGACAGCCACAGGGCUACGGUCCAGGUCAGGGUGCGCAGUCCCAGUACUCCCAGUACCAGCAGGGUCAGGGCCAGCAGUACAGCUCCUACCGCUCCCAGGCUUCCUCUGGGGCACAGACACAGAGGCCCUACGCCUACGAACAGGUACAACUACAGCUACCCCCAACCCCACGUUUUGAGGAGGACCGUGCUGUCCAACAAAACAUUGGGGUCAAUACGGAAACUACCAGCAAUAAGGCACCACCUCCUGGGCAAACUGGUGGACAAGUUAGGCAAGGGAACAGUUCUGUGAAUAACCCCCAACAGUCGUGUGUAAACCAGUCUCUGAGUAAAUGAGUUAGAUUUAUCUCUGAAUCUUUUUAGUUUGCUGAGACACGGAUUAGCAGGCUAGACUAAGUCAGAUUCAUGUUCUGCUGGCUCACUAUUUUCUAACUGAGUACAGGUGAACUGGUUCAGGAGAUCCUGCAUGAAACACCUUUCAUCUCUGCCUUCUCUUCUUUUGCUCACCCUAUAAGAUGAUUUGAAUUAUGGGGGUAUCUGGUAACAUAUCGGGGAACCCUCAAUAGCAUUAUUAUAAGCUAUAUUAUAAGCCUCAUAAGCGUUGAAAAGACUCAUAUGUUUAAUUCGAACCUUGCCUUUAAAUGUCUUCCUUUUUUUGGUCUCUGUCCUCGCUAUCAACCUCUGGUUCUCUCACCCUACUUUUCUGUCUGUCUUUCACAGGGUGCACAAUUCAAGUGCUGUCCUCUGUCGAAGAUUGCAAUUUAAAAUGUGUCCAGGUCACAAAAAGAACGUUUGGUCAUACAUUCAGCAUCUUUUAUUCAGUGUAAAGCUUAACUUGAUUAAGGUGAAAAUGGGACUUGUCAGUAGUGUUCAACCUGAAGUGUUCAGGUUGUGUUUGAAACUGUGAAGUUGUGUAGAUUGGCGUGUGGUGUUACCGACUGUUCAGUGUUACCAAUCUGUCUGUGUAUGAAGAACAAAUGUUUGAGUAAGGUUAUAGGCACAAUAGAUGGUAGAUUGACAAGAGAGUGCAACUAUCAACAACCAUCAUAAUAUUACAACUAAUAUGGACAAUUAAUUUCCAUGAUCGAUCCUUUUUGUUAAUUCUUUAAUUUUGUCUGAUUGCAUUUUUUUUUAAACUAAGCUUUUUUUUAUUAAGAAAAAUUAUUUGUAGAUUUUUAUAAGUUGGGACUUUUUUCCAUUUACACUGAACAAAAAUAUAAAAACGCAACAUGCAACAAUUUCAAAGAUUUUCGUGAGUUACAGUUCAUAUAAGGAACAGUGGAUCAAUUAUGUUCAUUGUUCAUAGCGUAUGCCUGCCCAUACCAUAACCCCACCAUGGGGCACUCUACUCACGAUGCUGCCAUCAGCAAACUGCUUGCUUACACGAACCCAUUCACGCUAUCUGUCAUCAGCCCUGUACAGUUGAAACCAGGAUUCAUCCAUCAAGAGCACACUUCUCCAGCGUGCCAGUGGCCAUCAAAAGGUGAGCAUUUGCCCACCGAAGCCGGUUAAGAUGCCAAAAUGUAGUCAGAUCAAAACCCAGGUGAGGACGUUGAGUACGCUACUGAGCUUCUCUGAGACCGUUUCUGACAGUUUGUGCGGACAUUCUUUGGGUGUGCAAACCCACAGUCCGGGAUGAAGCCGGAUGUGGAGGUCCUGGGCUGGGGUGGUUACAUGUGGUCUGCGGUUGAGAGGCCAGUUGGGCGUACUGCCAAAUUCUCUAAAACGAUGUUGGAGGUGGCUUAUGGUAGAGAAAUUAACUU